CAUGAUGCAACAGCAGGGGAGGAUCGGUGGCCAAAUCCGCGAUCAUCUCCAGUCGACAGGCGACAUCUUCGCCAACCGGCAGUCUCCUCGAGUCACUUCCCCUUAAAUCCCCUGACGGGGGUCCUCUGAGCCCCUCGCUCGCUCGGCGUGCAUGCGUAAAAUGGAGACGUGUGCGGGCGCGUCGCUCAGCCAGCGUCGGACAAACUUGCUUUCGCGAGUGAAAGCUGCGGCUUCCCCCGAAAUGGUGAUGUGAAGUCACAAGCGGAGGAAGGAUGCUGAGCCAAGCCACGGAAGGACAUUUAAGCCGAGCUUCCAGAACACUGAAUUCCUCCUGGACAGUAACAGUGUAAGCAGAACCAACAUGGAGAGCCUCAGUGAGCUCCAGAAUCCUCUUCUGGACAAAAGCAGUAAGCACAUUGUCCAUGCUUACCACUAUGACUACCCAAGUCAACAGCAGCACCAAGACAGCCUGGGGGACUGUGUCUACAGCGGGAGCCGUGACGAGCACAAGUCUCAACAGUUCCUGGACGCCACUUCGUUGCAUUUGGCGGUGGAAGCCUUCUACAAGCCCGACUUUAUCUCGUGCAAAGAUGACGUCAGCCUGAAUAGCAAAGACUCAAAAAGUGAGAGCUUUGAGACCACCUUCACCGAAAAUAAGGACGCGGCGCAAGGAGGUGACCGUGCAGAGAACCAGCACGGUAGCACGCAAGGGGAGAAGGAUGUGAAGAUACAGACGGUCUCGUAUGAUGUGGAGGACGAACCAGUUCCUGAGUACGAGAGCGACAGUUCCAGUGAGAGCGAGAGUGAGGACAACUUCCUGGUACUUCCUCCUCGGGACUACCUAGGCCUGACCAUCUUCUCCAUGCUCUGCUGCUUCUGGCCUUUGGGCAUUGUUGCCUUCUGCUACUCUCACAAGACCGGCAAGGCCGUCGCUAAGGGAGACUUCUCCAGAGCGGGAAUGAGUUCCAGGAGAGCCCUUUUCCUGGCUGCGCUUUCCAUUACCGUUGGUACAGGCAUGUAUGUGGGGGUGGUGGUGGCCCUCAUUGCUUACCUGUCCAAACCUGGACAUGUAUAGCGGUGACGAUAAAUGGUAGGCGGAGGACGGACUUCAUCUCUCCUGCUAGCUGAUUCUGUGUCAAAGAAUGAUAACAGAAAAGAAAGGAAAAUAACUUAUUUUCAGAUUGUUUUGGUAUCAGAUCUUCCUGAAAGAAUGACAAAAUACAUAACCCUUACCU